AUGUCAAAAGUCGCCUUGAUCACUGGUACAAACUCUGGUAUUGGUUAUUCAUUAGCCCUAGAAUUCCAUAAAAGGGGCGUAAAAGUCUAUGCAACUGAUUAUCAAUUCUCCAAUACAACCUUACAAACUUUUAAAGAUCUAGGGAUAAUUACACAUACUUUAGAUGUUCGUAAUAUCCAAGAUAUUAAAAAAAUCCGUGAUGUUGUGGAUGCUGAAGAAAAUGGGAAAUUAGACUAUCUUUACAAUAACGCUGGUAUAGUUACUGCGGUUCAUUCAACUGACAUUACCGAUGAACAAUUACAAGACCUAUAUGACAUUAAUGUAUUUGGUCCAAUUAAAAUGACUAGAGAAUUCAUCAAAUUGGUCAUAAAUGCAAAAGGUACAAUCAUUUUUUCAGGUUCUGUCACUAAGAAUAUACCAUUACAUUGUAAUUCAUUAUAUGUUUCUUCAAAAGCUGCCCUAGAUCAAUAUAUCUCGGUAUUACAAUUAGAAGUUAGAAAUUAUGGUGUUAAAGUCAUUGAAGUAUUGGGUGGGAUGAUUAAAACUGAUAUCUUUAACAAUUCAAUGAAUACUGUUCCUGAUGAUUCCAUUUAUAACUUUGAUGAAUACACUGAAAUUUUCCAAAAUAGAAAGCAAGCUUUAGAUAAAAAUAAUCAUAAAAGAAUGCCUGCUGAUAUUUUCGCUAAAAGAGUAUUGGAUCAAGUGGAAAAAUCUGGUUUAAACACUUUUAGAAUCUUUGAAGGUGGUGAAGCUUCAAGAUUAUAUUAUAUUCCAAAUUUCUUACCAAGAUCGAAAAUAUUAGAUAUAAUGUUGGGGAUGUUUAAUUUGAAUUUCAACUACAGAAGACAUCUACCUGCUGAAAAGAUAUAA